ACUUUCUUCUUUAUCCAACCCACUCCUCUUCCUAUUUAAUCCCCAAAAUCACCUCGCGUCCAAUUUCCUCCUCCUUCUCCCCAGUUCCUUUCUCCACACUUCAGAGGAAAAAAAAACCAAACCCCAUCCAAUCCAUCGACGCCAAUGGCUCGCUCCUUAUCCUCUUCCCGCACUUACCUCGCUGCUGCUGCAGCUGCAACUUCCAGAUCUUCUUCCUCCGCAGCUUCGUCUCCUUCAUCCGCCUCCUUCCGCUGCCUCGCCCUCCGCUCCAACUCCAACCUCCCCAACAACAACGCCGAGCCCGCGGUCGCCGAUGAAUCCACCGAUCCUCUCCUCCGAAAGCUCGAGGACGCCAUCCACCGCAUCAUCGUCCGCCGCGCCGCACCCGAUUGGCUCCCUUUCCUUCCGGGGACUUCCUACUGGGUCCCUCCACAUAGAUCUGACGCCGGCUGCUUGGGGAUUGCCCAGCUCGUCGAGAAGCUUGCGAAUCCCUUGACCGACGAGGAAUCUCGCUCCGUUACCUCCGUCCGCGGCUGGCCUUCCUCGGAUUAUUUCAUCAAAGGUGCCAGCUUCGGACAGUUGCCUGUAUAUAACACAGCAGAUGAAUUGGAGAAGGAUUCAACUUCAGAUGAAGUUAAGACCGAGGAACCGUCCAGUCAUGCCCCUGAAUCUGAGACGGAGGAAGGAUAAUUUCUAUGAUGGGGUUUCGCAUCUCGGUAAGCAAAAUAUUCUUCAUUAGAUCCAUCUCCCUCUCUCUCUCUCUCUAGCCCAUGCGCACACACACACACACACUCCAAGAACUGAGUCACACAUACAAACAAACGCUACAAAUACAAUGGGAUGCCAUAUUCGUCUUGUCUGGGGUUUAGCUUUCUCUCUUCAGGUGUGGAUUUCAUAUUUGUGCAUAUGCAUAGAUUUAUCUUAAUCUACAUUUGAAAUGAAGUAUCUAUUAGGUCCUCUGCACAAUCUAGAAGGAAUAAGAGCUUCAGUGUUCAUGGGUGUAUAAAAAGGCGAGUGCUUUUGUUACUCUGAGGGCGUGGUAGAUUGUAUAGAUAUGAUCUAAGCGUGUAAAGGGACAAUGUAGCACUAAUCUUGGCCUCUUAGGUGAAGCAGGGGCCGCAGGGUGACCAAGGGCUUCUCUGACUAUUUAUUGCGUGCUGCUGUUUUGACAGAGGCUCGUCCGGAUUCGGAACUUGAAUGUAAAUCAGACAAUGGAAAGAAGCGGGAAGAAGCUUUGUAAGGUAACAAGGGUGAUAAAGAAUGAAGAACCAAUUGGAGGAGGAGCUGUACAGAUGCAAACCCUGUGGAGGUUUAAAUAAUUUGAUCUUCCAGUUGGUAGCUGUGUAUUAGUUGGGAAUGAUAGCCCGCAGUUCCACUGUAUCUAGCAAGCUGAAGAAGAUCCAUCCAUUUUUAUGGUUUUUUUCCCCGUUAUAAUGCUGAGGCUUGAAACCUCCUGUAUCUUUGCAUGUACAUAUGUUUUCCCAAGAAGAUAAUGGUACUGUUGUUUCCCUCUUAUACUAUCAGGCCAUCAGCUUUUGCCCUCUGUUUGGCAAAAGCACCAAGUCAAAAGUGUCUCAUCUCAACUCUUGAAGCUGUCAAAAUGUGCACGAUUUGAGGACUGUAACAGAUGGAUUGCGAGUGAAAGCGAAGCCAGCAAAGUGAUUUUAGAAUGUUUCCGCACAGAUUCAUAUAAUUAAACUGGCGAUUACAAGAACGUCUACACACCAAAGAAGCUGGGUACAUCAAUACUAGCACCAUACUAGACAAACAAGAUCACAUAUGUCAGAGUUGUGUUCUUGCUUGGUUGGAGAAGGGACACGAAAGAUGGCCAGAGGUUGAAGAAACUCCAUGGGACUUCUUCUGCUCACAAUUCUCAUCUAGUGACUGAUCAACUUGGGAAUCAGAUUGAUCAGUAGCAGCACCUUUGAGUAGGCCUCCAAACAACUCUGCUGGGUCAAAGUAGAUCUCCACAUCUUCUGCCCUCAUCGAUUCAUCAACCUUCAAUAAUAUCACA